AUGCCACGAUGGCGUGGCCGCCUCUAUGCCACAGAUCGAGCUCGAGACUUUGACCACGAACAUGAUCGCCAAAUUCGAGUUCGUCAAAUCUACGAGACCAUCGACCGCCAACCCUUCCAAUGGGUGGUGGUCCUCGUUGCCGGGGUCGGCUUCCUGCUCGAUGGGUUUUCGCUCUUCGCUGGUAACAUCGCCCUGCCGAUGAUUGCCUAUGUAUACUGGCAGAAAGAGGUGUCGUCUUUCCGCCUGACUUGUAUCAACAUCGCCACGCUUUCCGGGACUCUCCUGGGACAAGUCUUGUUCGGGUUUCUUGCGGACCUCAAUGGUCGCAAGAAGAUGUAUGGAAUUGAACUGGUCCUGCUCAUAGGGUCUACCCUCGGAGUCGUCAUGUGCUCCCAGGGAUAUAAUGGAAACAUGAGUAUCUAUGCAUGGUUGAUCUGGUGGAGGUUCAUGGUCGGAGUAGGGGUAGGGGCUGAUUACCCCCUCAGCGCAACGAUAACAGCCGAGUUUGCCCCUAGAAGACACCGAGCUCGGAUGAUGGCCACAGUCUUCUUCAUGCAACCGCUAGGGCAGAUUGCCGGGAACCUCGUCUCGCUGGUCGUGGUGAGUAUCUCGCGUAGGUCAGACGCGGCGGCCACCGACCUUGCACAGUCCGUCGAUACCAUGUGGCGUUGGAUCAUCGGCAUCGGCGUCGUUCCAGGCGUGGUGGCAUUGUUAUUCCGUUUUGCCAUUCCAGAGACACCGCGAUUUUUAGUCGACAUCGAAGAUGACCCGAUUAAGGCCGAGUUUGACGCCACACAGCUGUUUGGCGAGGAAUCGCUGACGACGCCGCUGACAGAGUUAGAGGCUGGUAUGGGUGGCGUGGGUGAUGGUGCUGCUGCCAGUGCGUGGUCAACAGCCGACGACGACAAUAUUCUAGACGAGUCCCACUCUCCCACCUCCAAAUCAUCGCUGGAUAUCCUGUUCCAUCGAAAACAAUCCUCGUGGGCUACGUCCGUGAUGCCAAUAUCGCCGCGAACCGCCUCAACUGCAGCUUCAGCUGCAGCGGUGCAGCAAAGGUCAAAACAGGAUUCCAUCUCUGCUGCUACUGUAUCUGGUGGUGGUGCUGGUGCGAGCGGAUCACCACUGAACAACACCUUCACAAGCUCAAAUGCCAAUCCUCCUUCUCUCCCUUCAACGACAUGGACGCUAACCAAGGGCGAUAUCAAACAAUAUUUCUGGACCGAAGGAAACUGGAGAACGUUGGUUGCGACGUCCGUAUGCUGGCUACUUCUCGACUUUGGGUUCUACGGUAUCGGACUUUCGAGCCCUCAAUUCCUAGCCAAGACUUGGGGCUCAUUGAAUAUCUCUGGCCCCAGUCCACCCUGGAUGACGGACGACAACCCGGACACAGACGUAUACGAUACAUUUUUCGCGACGUCGGUGCAGGCCCUUGUGAUUCUCAACACGGGCAGCUUCGCCGGCGGAUUACUAAUGAUCGCGACAGCCAGCCGGCUGAAUAGAGUGAAAUUGCAGAAAUUUGGGUUUUUGGUCCUAGCGGCGCUGUUUAUUGCUCUCGGAACAGUCUUUAUCACGAUUCAGCGCGAGGGCGCAGUCGCGAUCGUGCUGUAUGUUGUGGGCCAGUUGGCGUUUAAUUUUGGCCCCAAUUCAACCACCUACAUUCUUCCAGCCGAACUGUUCCCUACCCGCUACCGGGCCACAUGCCACGGCAUAAGUGCGGCCUCGGGCAAGCUGGGCUCGAUUCUGGUCCAAGUGUUUUCGGCAUACUACAAAUUCGGCUCGUCAUCGCCUGGAGCCGAUCAGACGAAGCGCUACGGCACCAUUCUGGUCGUGUUCAGUGCGUGCAUGUUCCUGGGCGCCGCGGUCACCCAUUUCUGGAUCCCCGAGGUGCAGAGGAAAGCUCCUAAGGAUAUGACUGCCACUACGAAUGGAAGUAAAGCCUCCUCGUCGUCCUCCUCCGCCUCGUCCAGAUCGAUCACUAGUCCUGGGAGCGUUGCCAAGUCUGCUAUUAGUGGUCGUACUUGUAUGUCUUUGGAGGAAAUAGCCUUGGGCAGAUGGGGCACGAAGAGCGAUGCUGUGUUGAGGGCCCGAAAGGGGAGAGGGGCUGAAUUGGAUAGAAGGAGCGGUAUAAAUUGA